AUGUUUGGUUCAAAACGCGGCUUUCCUGCUCUCCCAUUAACCAAUCUCUCAUACCACGAGCUUCACAAGCUGCCCGACCGGCAUUAUGCUGAGAGCUGCCUCGAUGCCUUCUUCGGAUCAUCAAUUAGCCUCUUCUACCCCGUUCUUGAUCGAGCCCUUGUUCAAGAGACGCUGGAGGUGGCCUAUCAAGAUCACAUCGACUCAUCCUUCACGCGCUCUCAAGUAUCAGCCAAGGCCUGCAUCCUGGCGGCCCUUUGCAUGAUAACGCGGACCGUGAGGCCCAAGGAUGCUUCAAAACAACCCCAAGGUGACUUGUACGUGGACCAAUCGAAGUCCCUUUUGGCCCUUGUCUCUUGGGAGGCAUGCAUUGAGGGUCUUCAGGCAACCCUCAUGUUGCAAAUUUGCAAAAUAUCAGUCGGAGAGUGGGAAGACGCUUCCACACUCCACUCAAUUGCUUGUCACAUGGUCUGCAGCCUCGGUGGGCAUUUGAAUCAGCGGGCGACAGGCGAUUCUUCGAGAGUAGCUUCCGAACAAAAGCUCCGGCAUAUCAGAACACUCUUUUGGAUGUCAUAUAUCUUCGACAAGGACAUAUCACUUCGGUCCGGCCAGCCUCCUUUGCUCACCGAAGACUACUGUGACUUGGCUGCCCCUGAAGGAUACGCCAACCGAUAUGAUUGUCAAGCUCCCUCAGAUCAAGACACCAGCACCUUUGGGCGACUAGUGCCUUACCUCCCAGGAGACCUUGGUUUAAGUCACGUCAAGGAGAAAGCAUGCCGCCUGCUUUACUCGCCGAAAUCAUUCACCAUGGAUGAUACUCAGAUUCUCCUUCACAUCCGCCAUCUCGAUAUUGACCUUGAAAGUUGGCGAUCCUCCAUUCCGGUCAAAUAUCGGCCCAAGCUCUCUGUCACACCUGGAGGACCGUUAUUCGAUUCAGAGAUGAAUUCAUUGCAACGCAUCAGAUGUUUGCAUUUACAGCUUGAAUACCACUAUUUGGUAACGGCCAUUCAUACAGCUGUCAGGCGAUGCGGUGCUGCUUAUGCUGAAGCCCCAAAUCUUCCUGAUGAUCUUCAUAGUGUCUUCCACUCCAGUAGUGAUCUAUCUUUGGAAGCCAGUCGUUCGACAUUGACACUGCUCAAGGGACAUAUAAACCUCCUAGAAGAAGAGGCGUUCUGGCGCGUCGCUUUCUAUCCUCCUGUUGCGGCCAUGUCUUUGUUCAUGAACAUCCUAAUCCACCCCAUUGAUCCUCGCGGACAGGUAGAUCUGGGUAUCUUGGCAUCGGCCAUCUCAAUAUUCCAGACUACCUCUGAGCAAAGUCUGACCACGGAUGACAUUGAGUAUUUACAGGAGAUGAAUAACUUCGUGGCGGAGCUUGUUCGACUCGGUAAUCUUGCCAUAUGGAAGGCAAAAAAGGAAGAGAAUAUGGAAUCAAGGGAUAGAGAAUGA